AGUUUUUUCUGCAUGUCACGUCAGUGUUUAUUGGGAUGAGCAGACAUGCUGACAUGGACUUUAAUUAAGUUAAACAGAUCUACAGUAUGAGGAUGAUGAACAAACUGGACUUUUCAGGAUCUGUCCUUUGAGACCGCUUGAUUACAGCUGACCUCAGUGAGUGACGUCAAUGUCGGAUUAACCUUUUGAAGUUGUUUGCUACAUGAAAGCAGCAGGAAUGGAUCAGGAUAUGGUGAAUAUGUUUGCCAUUGCUGUAGGGACUCUUGCUAUUCCUCUGCUCCUCUUCAUGGCCUCCUUUAUGCUGUGGCCAUCAUCACUCAUCAAAGUCUAUUACUGGUACUGGCGGAGAACUCUGGGUCUGCAGGUGCGUUAUGCAGACUGUGCUGGUUAUCGCUUCUGUUACUCACACAGAGGGAAACCAGGCCUCAGACCCUCUAUACUGAUGCUGCACGACUUCUCGGCCCAUAAAGACACGUGGCUGCCCAUGCUGAAGUACCUUCCCAAACAUCUGCAUCUGCUGUGUGUUGACAUGCCAGGACAUGAGGGCACAACACGUACCAACACGGACGACUAUUCAAUCCAGGGCCAGGUCAAGAGAAUACGUCAGUUUGUAGAGACCAUUCGACUGAACAGAAAGCCGUUUCACCUGGUGGGCACAUCAAUGGGUGGCACUGUGGCAGGAGUGUAUGCAGCCUGUCACCCCUCUGAUCUCUGUGGUUUAACCCUCAUCUGUCCUGCCGGUCUGAAGAACCAAAACGAGAGCAAGUUUGACAGUCAGAUGCAUGAUGUGGAGCACAGCCACUACACACUCGACAUUCCACUUAUUCCCUCCACUCCUGAGGAGAUGGAGGAGAUGCUGAAGCUCUGUUCACACGUGCGCUUCAGAGUCCCUCAACAGAUUCUCCAAGGCCUGGUGGAUGUACGAAUACCACACAAUGACUUUUAUCAUGAGGUGUUCAUGGAAAUUAUGAGUGAAAAUUCUAAAUAUGCUUUGCAUGAGCAUCUACAGGAAAUAAUUACCCCUUUACAAGUCAUAUGGGGCAAGCAGGACCAGGUGGUGGAUGUGUCUGGGGCAGCAGUGAUCGCAGAGACUCUUCCAGGCUGUCGUGUUGAUCUGCUGGAAAAUUGCGGUCAUUCAGUUGUGAUGGAGCGACCGCGACAAACAGCCAAACUCAUUUUCGAUUUCAUCAUCUCUCAGCAGGGCACAGAGAGCGUCAGCAUGAAGAAGAAAUCCUGAGAUCUGCCAUCCCACACAUACUGCAUAAUACUUUUUUCAGAAGUAUGUAAUAAACUAAGAAUACUAACUAAUACUC